AUGGACAUCUCUAAGUUCCAAGGCAGCGACUGCUAUAUGCACGUUCACUGGGCGUUUGCGAAUGUGACUACCGACUGGGCGGUCGACGUCAGCGGCUAUCAGGGUCAGUUUGACGGCCUGCUGAACCUGACGGGCAUCUCGCGCAUUCUCAGCUUCGGUGGUUGGGGGUUCUCCACGACGAGCUACACGUACAGUAUCUUUCGGACUGGGGUCCAGACUGCCAAUCAGCAGACGUUUGCCCAAAAUGUGGUGGACUUUAUCGUGGAUAAUAACCUUGAUGGUGUGGAAUUUGACUGGGAGUAUCCCGGAGCUCAGGAUAUCCCUGGGGUUCCUGCUGACUCCGUCGAAUCGCCUCAAAACUACCUCGAAUUCCUCAAGAUUGAUUACAUCGUAUAUAUGACCUACGACCUCCACGGCCAGUGGGACUAUAACAGGACCUAUGCUGACCCGGGAUGUCCGAACGGCGGGUGUCUGCGCAGUCAGGUCAACAAGACAGAGACUGAGUAUGCACUGUCAAUGAUCACCAAGGCAGGUGUGCCAGCGAAGCAAGUGGUUGCUGGAUUAGCCAUGUACGGACGCAGUUUCAAGAUGGCCGAGGCAAACUGCACGGAGCCUGAAUGUCUCUUCACCGGUCCCGACUCUGGCGCUGACGCGGGAGAAUGCACUCAGACACCCGGAUACCUAGCCAAUUACGAGAUCUACGAGAUCCUGGUGCAAGCAGAAAACCCCGACCUGUACGGCAACAUCAGCAUCACCCAGUAUCACGACGAAGGGGACGUGUUGAUCUACAACGAGACCAACUGGAUGUCGUGGCUCAGCCUCUCCAGCUACGCCGCGCGGCAGAGCUGGACCGACGGGCUCAACUUCGGCGGCACCUCCCACUGGGCGGUGGAUUUGAACGAGACCUAUUCCAACAACGGGACGGGCAAUGAGCUCUCCAGCGGACUGGAAUUGGACUUCACGGUCUGCGAGUACUCGCUGACCUUCGCAUCUCUCCGCCCAGGCCGGCUCGCUGCGCACCGACUGCGUCGGCGUCUAUACUCUGCAGGUGCUGAUCGACAUGCUGGGCACGGCCUACACCAACUACACCAGCGUGAACAACGACUACGACGAGAUGUGCACCUUCCAAAGCAAAGCUCCUUUGACACUGAAUGA